CUGGACGCCAACGCGCGCGUACGUAGCCCCCGCGCGCAUUCCCAGUUGUGUAUCGAACGCGCGUGAAUCGAGUUGAGUCGGGAGAAUGUCUCAGGAGGCGGCGUUGUCGUCGCCGUCGUCGCCACUGCUGCUAGCCGCGCAGGCGCUGCCCUAUGCGGACGAGCCAGUGGAGGGCGAGGAUGAGUUGGAGGAGAAGGACAAGGAGAAGGAGGAGAAGGCAGAGCGCAGGCAACGGGAAUGCGAGCAGGAGCAGCCGCGUAAGCAAUCUCUCGGCCAGCGACGCAAUGUGGAGCUGCCGGAGCUGUAUGUGGUCAAUGAGCUGCCGGAAGAGCUGUCCAGCGAGCUGGACACGAUGCGGGAAAGAGAUAGAGACAGAGACAUAAAACACUUUGGACCUGGACUGCGACGCAAUUCCAUUUCAUUGCCGCAGGGCAUCAACUCGCUGGACUUGGAAGCGCUACGAUUGCGCCAUCAGAUGCUGGCGCAGGAAUCUCUGAACGAGGAGAGCCAAGCGGAAAGCAUCGUGGACGAUGCAUCCGCCUCCAGCAUUGGCACGCCCACAACGAUUUCGGCCCUGCCCAUUCCGCAUGCCAAUCCGCAUCACAGCAAGGAGGAGGAGGACGACGACAGCAGCGAUGAGUUUGGCAAUGCCAAGAAACCAGUGCACAAGGAUCGCUUUCGUAGCCGCAGACGUGCUUCAAUCGCCCCGCUGCCCGCCCUCCGUCUCAACAGCCGGGAGAUGUUGGCCAGCGACUUUGAUACCCACAGCUUGGCCAGCAAUCAGGCCUCGAUCACAAGCGUCAACUCCUUGGCGAGUUUGCUUCGCGAGAAGAUGCAGGCCUUCCCACAGCUGAUACGCAAGAAGAAGCGCGAAACGAAGGACUACAAGAUCAAGAUCUUUGUAAUCAUGAUGUUCUUCAUCAUAAUCUUUCUGAUUGGCUAUGCGUAUGUGGCGUACCAUCAUCAGGUGCUGACCAGGAGCUAUUUCCAGAAGCUCAAGUUCAACUCGAAGGAUCGCAUCUUUCGCAUACUGAGCCACGAGGACAAAGAGGUCAUCAUGGGGCACUUGGGCGUCACCCUGGACAGCGACACGGCGCCCUUCCACUGCCUUGAGAACCAGCGCCGAGCCGAUGGCAGCGUCUGCAUCGAAUGGAAUGGCAUCGCCCGCCUCCAUCUGAACUUCGAGGAUAAGCAGGUGUUUCGCUGCUACACGCUCCAGUGGCAGGCACUGCGGCCGGGUCUGCUGCCCACCGAUUGCUACGAGCUGAAGCGGGACAACGGACUGUGGUUUGGCGGGGGCAUAACCAAGGGGCAGGAGUGGUCCCUCAGCUACGCCAACUUCGACUUCAAGCCCUAUGCCAGCGGCGACCACAAGGUGCAUCAGUUUGGCAACGCGGUGAAGCGCUACUUCAUCAACUCGAUCGGCGUGGCGAUGCAGGUGAGCGAGCGCACGCCGCUCCAGCUGGGCAUCAAUCGGACGGAGAAUCAGUUCUGCCUGCGGGCGGCCAACGACGACUUUACGUUCGUGAAUCGCCUGACGCCGCUGCCUCAGCUGGAUUACAAGAUAUGCACCACGGAGGACAUGCGCAGCCUGCACAUGCUGAUGACACAGCAGAGCCUGUGGGACGGCCUCACCGAGCAGGACAUCAGCGAGCUGCACUCGCUGCUGGAGGAGCCUGUGUGGCGCAUACCCAAUCAAGAGCAACGCGACCAUCUUAACGAGUCCGUCAUUUGCGACUACUCGGAGAAUGCGAUCGCCAUGGGCUUGGGCCACAUUGUGAUCAACGAGUUCUGGCAGGAGAACAUUGGGGACUUCACGGUGGAUCGGGCACGCUUUCCCACGCUCAAGGACACCAUCGAUGUGCUGCAUCGACGUGGCUUCAAGGUCGUCUUCACCAUCCAGCCAUUCAUCAGUACGGACAGUCCGAACUUCAAGGACGCCGUCGCCCACAAGCUGCUCAUCUAUGAGCGCUACUCGGAGCGCAGCAUUCCAGCCCUGACACGCUACAAGAGCAGCUCCAGUGCCGGCGUUUUGGAUAUUACGAACAAUGCGUCGGUGCCGUGGCUGCUGGAGAAGCUGCAACGUCUGAAGGAUGAAUACGGCGUGAAGAGUUUCUACCUGGACCUGGGCACUGGCUACAAUCUGCCGCACUACUAUCAGUGCCGGCAGCCGCUCGACAAUCCGGACAUGUAUGCCCGCAUGCUGACCAGCAGUCUGGAGAGCGCCGGGCUGAUGGCCGUGUCAACGGCCAGCGUGGUGCCCAAGCCGCCGACGUUCCUCAGCACGCCGCCGGCGAACGCAACGUGGGCGGGACUGCGGGAGACAUUGGCGGCGGUGCUCAACUAUGGCGUCAUUGGCUAUCCAUUUGUACUGGCCGGAGCAAUUGGAGGCGACUUUUUGCUGGAGCGUCCGUUGACCAAAAUGAUCUCGUUCUAUUCGCUGGGACAGCCGCCGCUGCCGGACGCCGAGCUCUUCAUACGCUGGCUGCAGCUGGCCACGUUCCUGCCGGCCAUGCAGUUCAGCCACCUGCCGGACGAGUACCACAGCGAGCUGGUCACACGCGUCGCCCAGGAGCUGAAGGAGGUGCGCCAGACGGUGGUCAUAGCGCUGCUCAAGAAGUAUCUCAGCCCAUCCAUGAACGAGGGACUGCCACUGGUGCGUCCACUGUGGAUGCUCGAUCCCCACGAUCCCGCCUGUCUCAUUGUCAGCGAUGAGUUCUCGGUGGGCGAGGAGCUGAUUGUGGCGCCCAUACUGGAUGCAGGUCUCGAGGAGCGUGAGGUUUAUCUGCCGCAGGGCGUGUGGAAGGAUGGCAUCGAUGGUUCCCUGCGCAAGGGCAGUCGCUGGAUGCACGGCUAUCGCGUGCCCAAGGACAAGAUUGCCUACUUCCGCAAGAUGCCGGACAAUACGCGCUUCUAGUUCCUUCUCUCACUAUUACGAUUGUUUAUUAUUCUUAUCUCAUUAUACAAUCUAUAAAUAUAUAUAUAUAAAUAUACGCUCAUAGAUAAUA